GUUUUGCUCGAGGGGAGGUGGAAAAUGAGCGUAUUUCCAAAAAUGGCGGAAUAUCCCUUUAAGACCCCUCUUGAAAGAUCCAAAACUGUUGCUGGAACGGAGAGUACUGGGCAACUCAUUCCACCAACACGGAACCACUGAAGAAUAGGAUCUACAGUUUGACCUAGCAUGAAUGUGCGAAGGACUAAGACGUGUUCUGAUAUUGUAGCCUAAUGGACGAAAUGAUGGAUCUUCACAAUGACCAGUCACCCAUUCAUCUGAAGAUGACCGGUCAAAAGAAGUACAAACCUCGGCCGUAUAGUCGCCCGUCGACGGCUGUCCUGAACAUCUUGAGGAAGGAGAGGGCACUGGUGCUCUUGUCACUGAUACCCUCUGACAAGAGGAAGAAAAUCGGUCUCGAACUGAGACGAACUCAAUCAAAACCGGACGCUGAGAAGUGUAGACCAGCAGGUCACGCAGACUUAUUCCCCUAUAUCUUUUGGAAUGUUGUUAAAAAUGACACCUAUCAGUCCGUCUGGUGGAGUGCUGAUGGAACUGCCGUGGUUAUCCACGAGAAGAUGUUCGUGGCUGAAAUCCUUGAAAGGGGUGUGUUUGAUCGGACAUUCGGCAAAAAGGGCAUCAAGAAGUUCUUUCGACAGCUUAACCUGUAUGGAUUUACCACACCUGGAUUUAACCUAGAACACCAUGGAAAUCCCAGCAUGGACGUCACUGCCAAAGAGAUCAAGGUGUUUGCCAAUCCUCACUUCCAGAGAGGGCGCGGUCACCUCCUGGCCCAGCUGAACCGGCGCGCAGUGACCGUCGCUACUGAAAUAUCCCCCGUGGCUGACGCGGAAAGCUGUAAAGCUGAAAUUGGUUCUAAGCUGAGUGACGAAAUGGUCAGCGCAACAUCCCGCAGACCCACUAUCCUAGGCCAUGACAGGACCCUACAUGGCCCUGGCCUUGAUCGGUCUCUCAUGCUGGCUGAUUUGGAGAGCAAGAGAAGGACCUUGAUUGCCUUCAUUCAGAAAUAUAGCCAUCUCAGCAGCUCCACCAACUUCCGGCGACAGCAUCAGCGGCUGAACACCUAA